AUGUUAUCCAGCCAGUUAUGGCCCGCGUUGGAGAAGGCGGCGGCGGUGGCAAGUCGGAGAGGGGAGUAUUGCGGGGAAGUGGUGGUGGACCCCGAGGACGAGAAGGCCAUUGAGAUGUUCAUGAACAAGAACCCGCCGCUGAGGCGCACGCUGGCCGACAUCAUCAUGGAAAAGAUCACGGAGAAGCAGACGGAGGUGGAGACGGCGCUGUCAGAGAUAUCGGGCUGCCCCAUGUCCCAGCUCGAUCCCCGCGUCCUGGAAGUCUAUAGGGGCGUCAAAGAGGUGCUCUCUAAAUACAGGAGUGGGAAACUCCCCAAGGCAUUUAAAAUCAUUCCUGCCUUGUCCAACUGGGAGCAGAUCCUCUACAUCACAGAGCCGGAGACGUGGACAGCAGCUGCUAUGUACCAAGCCACUAGGAUAUUUUCAUCCAAUCUGAAAGAGAGGAUGGCCCAGCGGUUCUACAACCUGGUGCUGCUGCCACGGAUCAGGGAUGACAUUGCUGAGUAUAAGCGCCUCAAUUUUCACCUCUACAUGGCUUUGAAGAAGGCUCUGUUCAAGCCAGCAGCAUGGUUUAAAGGGAUCCUCAUCCCCCUGUGCGAGUCAGGGACCUGCACGCUGCGGGAGGCCAUCAUCAUCGGAAGCAUCCUCACCAAGUGCUCCAUCCCUGUCCUCCACUCCAGCGCGGCCAUGCUGAAGAUUGCUGAGAUGCAGUACAGUGGCGCCAACAGCAUCUUCCUCCGGCUGCUCAUCGACAAGAAGUACGCCCUGCCUUUCCGCGUGGUGGAUGCCCUCGUCUUCCACUUCCUGGCCUUCCGCACGGACCAGCGGGUCCUGCCCGUGCUGUGGCACCAGAGCUUCCUGGCCUUUGCCCAGCGCUACAAGGAGGACCUCUCCUCAGAGCAGAAGGAGGCUUUGCUCGAGCUGCUCAAGUUUCACAGCCAUCCGCAGAUCUCACCGGAGAUCCGGAGGGAGCUGGUGAACUCCAAGACGCGGGAUGUGGAGGGGCAGCGGCCCGUGGCCAUGGAGUGUCAGGGAGAGGCAGGGAAAACCUGCAGCCUGACCUGCUCCCAGGACACUGCUGAGCACAUCUGGGAGCCGGGUGCGUGA